GCCAUGCACGUGUGCUGGGCUCGUGCAGAUCGUCCUGUGGUCGUGUUUGACGACUGUCGGCUCUGUGUGUUUGAUGUCAAGUUCAAGGUAUGUGCGUGUAAAAGUGUGCGUGUGUGUGUGUGUGUGUGUGUGUGUGUGUGGAUAUGGGGGGUAUGGGGGUCUGGCUUUGAUAGGGAGACGCCGACCCAUGCCGCCUGCCAAAUCAGUCAUACUCUUUGCUUGCUGACCGAACAACAUAACGCAAUGUUUACUGUGCAGCGAGCGGAGAGUCACAUCACUAGCUACGAGCGCGCAACGCCUUUCACAUCACCUCUGGCCUACAGCGGGGCCAUGGUGCGCAAAAUCUACUCAGCCUAUCUGAGCGGACAAGUCCUGGAUGCCAUCGAGGCCGGCAGCCAGGUAUGUAUGGUUUCGUGGAAGCGCAGUGCAGUAGACUGUUCCUAUGCGUUUCUGACCUUGUCACACCUCUUGUUGCCAUCAGAGCGAGCAUUUGAUUGCCGCGCUCCCUUCACCAACAGUUCCAACUCAAGACAAUAA